AUGGCACUGAGAAAUCACACCAAGGUUACUGAAUUUAUUUUUUGUGGCCUUACCCAAACUCAAGAAGUGAGCUUGGUCUUAUUUUUCUUUUUAUCUAUGGUUUAUGUAACGACUGUGUUAGUAAAUGUCACUAUCACGGUCACUGUGACCUGGGAGUCCCGCCUCCACACUCCCAUGUACUUCCUGCUACGCAACCUCUCUGUCUUGGACAUCUGCUUCUCCUCCAUUACUGUUCCAAAGGUCCUAGUGGACCUUCUCUCAAGAAGAAAAAGCAUCUCUUUCAAUGGAUGCUUCACUCAGAUCUUUUUCUUCCACCUGCUUGGCGGGGCAGACGUUUUUUCUCUCUCUGUGAUGGCGUUUGAUCGCUACAUGGCCAUCUCGAAGCCCCUGCACUAUGUGACCAUCAUGAGUAAGGGGCGGUGCACAGGCCUUAUCGUGGCCUCCUGGGUGGGGGGCUUCGUCCACUCCAUUGUGCAGAUCGCGCUCAUGCUGCCACUCCCCUUCUGUGGGCCCAAUGCCGUUGAUGGUUUCUACUGCGAUGUCCCACAGGUCCUCAAGCUCGCCUGCACCGACACCUUUGUUCUUGAGCUCCUGAUGAUCUCAAACAAUGGCCUGAUCACUACACUAUGGUUUGUUCUUCUCCUGGUGUCUUAUACAAUCAUCAUGACAAUGCUGAGGUCACACAAAGGAGAAGGAAAGAGAAAAGCCAUCUCCACCUGCACUUCCCACAUCACUGUGGUCACCCUGCACUUUGUGCCCUGCAUCUAUGUCUAUGCCCGGCCCUUCACUGCCCUCCCCAUGGACAGAGCUGUCUCAGUCACCCUAAAUAUUAUUGUUCCUGUCCUUAACCCAAUAAUCUACACCCUCAGAAACCAGGAAAUGAAGUCAGCCAUGAAGAGACUCAGGAAAAGACUUAUGCUUUCUGAAAUAGAAUAG